CCGGUGCUAACUAACCAUAACACACGUUUAAAAAAGACACACCCACAAGGAAAAAGAAACGAAAAAGGGGGAAGGCAACAUGGAGAUGCUGUGUUUCCGGUUACCGGGCCACGGCGACACGACCAUGAAGCACAUGAACACGCUGAGGUGCCGCCAGCACUUCUGCGACGUCACCAUUGUGGCCAGUGACAACCAGACCUUCAGGGGCCAUAAGGUGGUGCUGGCAGCCUGCUCUCCCUUCCUUAGAGACCAGUUUCUCCUCAACCCUUCCCCAAAACUUCACGUAUCAAUGCUGUACAGCUCCACGGUGGUGUGUGACCUGCUGCAGUCCUGCUACACCGGCGUGCUGCAGUUUAAGCCGGAGGAGAUCGUUAACUACCUGACCGCAGCCAGCUACCUGCAGAUGGAGCACAUCGUGGAGCGCUGCAGAGGAGCUCUAAAGAAAUACGUGCAGCUAAAGAGCCCCACUCCCCCAAAGGUAUCUACAGAAGAGGGCGAGCCUCGGCCGCUGAUUGUCGAUGACAACAUUCACUCAGUCGCGUCGGCAGCGUCUCCCGCCGGCCGACCUUCCCCUGUGCACCAGCACAGUCCCGUGAUGCGCUCAGUGGAGGAGAACAACGACAACAUGUCCACCCAGGGCAGCGGUCAGCACCACGGCGACAGUCCUCUGCUGGAUGAGCCGUGUAUUAAGGUUCACGGAUCAGACGAGGAGUUAGAGGUCAGACAGGACGAAUUCGGCAUGUUCAGGGUGUACAUCUCGGAAGAGGAGCAGAUGAACAGAGACAGGGGGGAGGAGGAGACGGGAGCCCCCUCUGACGAGCCUCAAGACCUUUGCUACCAAAAACCCGAAGGCGUCGUGAUGGGAGGAGAGGGAGGCGAGUACGACCUGAACCCGAUGGACGGAGACCUCGGCACUGGCGGCUUCUCGAGGGAGGAACUUUUAGUGGAGGGACUGCGCGCUUUCAGACGCCGGCUGCCCGACGCUAAAAUCGGCUGGAGCAGAGGGAGAGGCAGGGGGAGGGGGUUCAAGAGGAGAAGGUGGUCGUCUCAGGAGAAAAGACCUCCGGGUGUAGCUCACCCGGAUUUGUGGUAUCUCGCGACCGCUGGUGUGGCAGGGGGUUUUGGGCUGGACUACACCCAAGAAGGGCUUAAGACAGGAGGUUUCUUGUCAGUCGAUUUCCCGCGACUGGACAUGGGCACGGACGACGCUCAGGGAGAAAAGGUCUCGCCCAUGGCCGCCAACAGUUUGAGCCAGUUCGCCCUCGAGGAUUCUGGCUGCGGCGCUGGCGAGGGGAGCUCCGCGUUGACGGUCGGCACAAACGAGGGCGGAGACGAAUCUGUGGCGGUGGUGGGGUCCACAUCGAGCGUGUCCGGGCCCGUCAUCUGCGAGGACUGCGGCAUCACGUUCCCCUCGGCGCACUCCCUCGCCGUCCACUCCCGCACCGCCCACAUGCUGUACGCGUGCCCCUGCUGCGGCAAGCACUUCCACCACUCCGCCAACCUCACCCGGCACAUGGCGGUGCACCGGGGCGCCGGCAAGACCCACCAGUGCCCGCUGUGCUACAAGACGUUCACGCAGAAGUCCACGCUGAUAGACCACAUGAACCUGCACAGCGGCGAGCGCCCGCACCGCUGCGCCUACUGCCACGCCCGCUUCGCCCACAAGCCCGCCUUGCGACGCCACCUGAAGGAGCAGCACGGCAAAACCACGGGGCAGAACUCCCUACACGAGCAGGAGGAGAGGGAGCGGGCGGCCGGGAGGAUACGAGAGGAGGAGCAGGAAUGUCCCAUCACUGAGCAAGUGUCAUAAGCCAAAGCAUUGAAGACAACGACGAGGUGUCUUUAACGCCUGGAGACCCGGCUCGCCACACGAGCUCGGGUCGGUGCAGGAACUUAACAACGAGGCCUUUUAAAAAUAUCAAGACUUUAAAAAAAAAGCCUUUUAAAUGACACGUUUUACAAAUUUGAGCUAUAAUUUAAGUAAAAGUGACCGAGACUGCACAACCUUCUUACACUGAGACAGAAGAUCUUUAUCACAGCAGACAUUUUGACUCGUCAUAGUUGGAAAAUUGCAGGUUGUGGUUAUUUUAACGACAGUCCCAGUAAGAAGGAACAAAGACCCAACAUGCUCGAGACCGAGAUCGUGAAGCUGGAGUCCUUAAUUUUAUAUUUACACCUGUUUUUUUUUCUUCCUACUAUUAAAAGUCGAAAUGUCUUCUGUGGAGAAAAAAUGAGCCUCUCCACUUUUUAUAUCUCUUAGAAUAGUUUUGACUGUAAUCUAACUAACUUUUAAAAAAACAUGUUGCAGCAUUUGAACAAAAAAAAGAAGGAAAAACUGUUGUAAAUCAAUGUAAAUACAAUAAUUACAAGAGUGUCUCUGUAACUUUAAUGUAAAAAAAAUCACAUGUAUCGUUUCCCCCCGACGUGGACGAAUGCAGAUUAAAGCCUCUCCAAACACACACACACACACCUGUCACCCAUCCCCCACAUUUACUGUAAUAUCAGAGCUGUGUGUGUGUGUGUGAGGGUUUGAUUGACAGCUUUCUCGCUCUCCUGUUGGUCACGCUGUCCUCGUUUUUAUUUGCACAUUGACAAACUCUUCUUUUUUUAAUUAUUGACAAACUAAGUUCUUAAUGAGCCAGAGAGCAAUGAAAAGUACUGUGUGGGUAUGAAGCGCCUUAAAUACACCAAGAAAGGUUUAGUUAAAUGUUGAUUUUGUUGAUUUUUGGAAGAUAUGAAGACUUGUUUCCUCUGUUGCCAAACAUUGUUUCAGAAAAUAAAGUUUGAAGGUGUGGUUUUUAUUUUUAUUUUUAUUUGUAUUUUUAUUUUUUUACUCAUUUCACUAAUAAAAUCGUCUACUUUGU